CUUCUUGAAAAAAUGAGGCAAAUUAAAAUAUUCUCUCACCUCUUUCCCGACAAUAAGAAAAGAAGAAAACAAAAAUGAAGGCAGCUAAAUGCUACUCUUACAAGUAUAAGAUAGCAGUUUAUUAGAGAGAGAAAGUAAGUAGGAGAGAGACAAAAAUUCAGGGGGAAAUCUAAAGGAUAGGAGAUUGACGAAAAUGGCGGUUGUUCAUUCACCUUAAAUUUUUCUAGGGUUUUGACCAUAUCAAUCAAAAUCUAGAUUUUUGAAUCAAAUUUUUCCAUGGAAAUGCCUGGUAGAAGAUCAAAUUACUCACUGUUAAGUCAAGUGGAUGAUCAGAUUGCAACUCCAGCGAAAUUUUCUGCCGUCGGAGGAGGGGAGAGAAGCUUAUUUCCAUCUUCGAUCGGAUUGCAAAGGCAAAGUAGCGGAAGUAGUUUUGGGGAAAGUUCGUUGUCAGAUCAUUAUGUGCCGUCGAUCUCUUUGCCAGCAAGCGAUCUUGAUGGCUUUAGUUAUGUGCAAGAGGAGAGAGAUUCGAGGAUGAGAGUAGCAGCGAUUGAUGGAGUUGGUGUUGGCGGUGGCGGGGGAGGGUCUUCAUCAUCGAAGAGUUGGGCGCAGCAAACAGAAGAGAGUUAUCAGUUGCAAUUGGCUUUGGCUUUGAGGUUAUCUACAGAAGCUGCUUGUGCUGAUGAUCCUAAUUUCUUGAAUUCAGUACCCGAUGGAUCUUCUAGAUUGUCUUCUUCUGCUUCUGCUGAAUCCAUUUCUCAUCGAUUUUGGGUGAAUGGCUGCCUCUCAUACUCCGACAAAAUUCCUGAUGGAUUUUAUCUCAUAAAUGGGAUGAAUCCUUAUGUUUGGACAGUGUGUGUUGAUAUACAAGAAAAUGGACGUAUUCCUUCUAUUGAAUCACUAAAGUUGGUAGAUCCUGUAAAUGAUUCUUCACUUGAGGUAAUUUUGAUUGAUCGUCGCAGUGAUUCCAACUUGAAGGAAUUGCAGAGUCGGGCUCAUGAAAUUUCCAGAUUGUGUGCGACUUCUGACGAUGUUGUUGACCAGCUGGCAAAGUUGACAUGUAGCCUACUGGGGGGUGCAGCUUUAACCACAGAGGAGGAAUUACUUCCCAUCUGGGAGAAGUUCAGCAAUGGUCUCAAGGAUUGCCUAGGGUCUGUUGUGCUUCCUAUUGGUAGCUUAUCUAUUGGCUUAUGCAGACAUCGUGCUCUGCUGUUCAAAGUCCUUGCCGAUUCAAUUGAAUUGCCAUGUCGAAUAGCCAAGGGAUGUAAAUAUUGCAAUAGAAAUGAUGGUACAUCUUGUCUAGUACGAUUUGGACAUAACAGAGAGUAUUUGGUUGAUCUAGUUGGGAAGCCAGGUUGCUUAUGUGAGCCUGAUUCCUUACUUAAUGGUCCAUCUUCCAUCUCAAUUUGUUCACCAUUGCGCUUUCCACAAUUUAGAUCAGUUGAGCCUGCCAUUGAUUUUAGUUCACUGGCCAAACAAUAUUUUUCAGAUUGUCAAUCUCUGAAUCUUGUAUUUGACAGACCUUCUACAGGUACAGUAGAACAAGAUGCAGGGGACUCUAUGUAUCAUAAGCAUAAUGUUCGUAAACCGGUAGACAAUAAUCCUCUACCAAAUGACCAAGAACAUCCUCAGUAUGUUGGCCAUGAUAGAGAUUCCCAGUUUACUGAAUCCGUUGGUCCUCCACUAAAUAAUGCAAGAGCACCUAAUCCCUUAAAAGAGUUCCUUCCAUCUAGAUUCUUGCCUCCUAGUCGGCAAAGGGGAACCCAGACUUUUACCGAUUCAACAAGAGUUGUAUCCAAUGAUAUGCGUUUUGAUUCUAGCCAAUUAGUUUCAAACAGAAGCGAAGCUUCUUUGGACAUGGAAGAUUUGGUCAUUUCAUGGAGCGAUCUUGUCGUGAGGGAUAGGAUUGGAGCAGGUUCAUUUGGAACUGUCCAUCGAGCUGAAUGGAAUGGAUCCGAGGUUGCGGUCAAGAUCCUCAUGGAACAAGAUUUCCAUCCAGAGCGCUGUAAUGAAUUCUUGAGGGAGGUUGCAAUAAUGAAACGAUUACGACAUCCAAAUAUAGUUCUCUUCAUGGGGGCAGUCACCGAGCCACCUAAUCUCGCCAUAGUUACUGAAUAUUUAUGCAGAGGAAGUUUAUACAGACUUUUACAUAAAUCAGGUGGCAGAGAAGUGUUAGAUGAGAGGCGGCGUCUUAGUAUGGCCUAUGAUGUUGCAAAGGGAAUGAAUUAUCUUCAUAAGCGUAAUCCUCCCAUCGUUCAUCGGGAUCUCAAGUCUCCUAACCUUUUGGUGGAUAAAAAGUACACUGUAAAGGUUUGUGAUUUUGGCCUUUCGCGUCUAAAGGCCAACACAUUCUUGUCAUCAAAAUCAGCAGCUGGAACACCUGAGUGGAUGGCACCUGAAGUUCUUCGUGAUGAACCUUCGAAUGAGAAGUCAGAUGUCUACAGCUUUGGGGUAAUAUUGUGGGAGCUUGCGACGUUGCAACAACCAUGGAGCAGCUUAAAUCCAGCUCAGGUUGUUGCAGCCGUAGGUUUUAAGCGAAUGAGACUUGAAAUUCCACGAGAUGUAAAUCCUCAAGUAGCUGCUAUUAUUGAGGCAUGCUGGGAAAAUGAGCCUUGGAAGCGUCCAUCCUUUGCCAACAUUAUGGAUUCUUUGAGGUCACUUCUUAAACCUCCUGCACCUCAAUCGGUUCGUGGAGAUACACACCUAAUUACGUGAAUAUUGGGAGAUGGAUUGUGCUGUUUUGUCUUUGUUCAAUUUGCAAGAUUCUUUUCCUGGUUUGAUCCUCAGAAGAAGGGAUUAAUCGUCCUAUACACAGGUGAAAUGCUGUACAUCUUUUUUACCUUGCCGAUUGAGAGAUGAUUUUUUGACAAUAAAACUAUACAUUACCCAUACUACUAUACUAGAUCAUUAUGGAUGCCAAAUAGUCUUCCAGCAACCGUCUAUCCUGAUCAUAGCAUGUCAUAAUUUUGUAUUUAAUUUAAGCUAAGCACUGGUGCGGGUUAGUUUCCAGAAAAUAGCAUCCGAGUGAAACUGUGCAUAUCUUGACAUAGGAGCUAGAUGAAUCAAAACAUUCUUUCUCUUUCAUUUUCAGCUGAUUUUGGCAUUCACUUAUAUUUGUAUUAUCACUCUCACUUAUUUUUAUUGAUUAAGAAAUUAGUGGGAAUGUCGAUGUAAAUCAUGUUUCAAUCCAUAUCAGUUUCCUUCUCAAUGGGAAUUGCCUGAUCA